CUGAGGAUCAAUCUUACCAAAAAUAUGGCAGAAUUUAACAGAAACAUUACUUUGGUCACGACACUUUUGAUUUUACUUCAACUAUGUAGCAGCGUAUCUUGCUCCACAAGAAACUCAAUCACCAGAAACAACACGAUCCGAGACGGAGACUCACUGAUCAGCGAGGACGAAAGCUUCGAGCUUGGCUUCUUCAGCCCCAAAAAUUCAACCUUAAGGUAUGUCGGAAUUUGGUACAAGAACAUCGAACCUCGAACAGUUGUCUGGGUCGCAAAUAGAGAUAAGCCAUUGCUGAAUCACAACGGAGCUCUGAAGCUUGCAGACGACGGGAUGUUAGUGGUCGUUGACGGUCAAAACGACACCGUUUGGUCUACAAAUGCUAAGCCCGAGUCAAACAACACUGUUGCUGUUCUGUUAGAAACAGGGGAUCUGGUUCUGUCUUCAGAUUCAGACAGAAGCAAUUAUUAUUGGGAGAGCUUUAACAAUCCAACCGACACUUUCUUGCCUGGUAUGAGGGUUCGUGUGAAUCCUUCACAGGGAGAGAAUCGAGCUUUUACCCCGUGGAAAUCCGAAAAUGAUCCUUCACGAGGAAGGUAUUCACUAGGGAUUGAUCCUAUUGGAGCACUAGAGAUUGUGAUUUGGGAAGGUGAAACGAGGAAAUGGCGGAGUGGACCGUGGAACGCAGCUAUAUUUACUGGUAUACCGGAUAUGUUCCGUGUCACGAACUAUAUCUAUGGGUUUAAGCUCUCUUCUCCUCCUGAAAGAGAUGGUACCGUGUACUUCACGUAUGUUCCAUCAAAUAGCUCUGACCUAUUAAGGUUUCAGAUUAGGUUUGAUGGAGUUGUAGAGCAGUUCAGAUGGAACAAGAAUGAUAAGAUCUGGACUUCACUUCAAUUAAAACCGAGCACGGAAUGCCAGAGUUAUAAUCGCUGCGGUAAUUACAGCGUUUGUGAUGAUAGUAAAGACUUUGAUUCCGGUAAAUGCAGUUGCAUUGAUGGGUUUGAGCCUGUGAAUCGGAAUCAAUGGGACGACCGAGUUUUUUCAGGUGGCUGCAGAAGAAGAGUUCCGUUGAACUGUAAUCAGAGCAUGGUUGCGGAUACAAGAGAUGGGUUUAAGGUACUUAAGAGAAUGAAGGUGCCUGAUUUUGGAUCAGUUGUUUCACAUAACAACUCAGAGACAUGUAAAGAUGUAUGCUUGAGAGACUGCUCGUGUAAGGCUUAUGCGGUUGUAUUUGGGAUCGGAUGCAUGAUUUGGACCCGAGAUUUGAUUGAUAUGGAGCGUUUUGAGCAUGGUGGAGAGUUUAUCAACAUCCGACUAGCAAAAUCUGAUUUAGGACGCGGAAAGGAAAAAAUGAAACUUUGGAUCAUUAUUUUCAGUGUUAUAGGUGCCUUCUUGCUCGGAUUAUGCAUUUGGAUCCUAUGGAAGUUCAAGAAUAGAUUUAAAGCUUUCUUGGGGAAGAAGAAAGAUUUUCCGGUUUCCGAUAUCAGAGAGAACAGAGAUAACUCGGAUAAAUCCUCAAGCUCGCCGAUCCAAGUUAUAGUAGGGAAUCAAGUUGACACACCUGAUUUGCCAAUUUUCAGUUUCAACAGCGUAGCUUUAGCUACAGGAGAUUUCGCUGAAGAAAACAAGAUUGGACAAGGUGGAUUCGGUACUGUAUAUAAGGGAAACUUUCCAGUAGAUGGAGAGAUCGCGGUGAAGAGACUGUCAGGGAAAUCUAAGCAAGGACUAGAGGAAUUCAAGAACGAGAUCUUACUGAUCGCGAAACUCCAGCAUCGAAAUCUUGUUAGAUUACUAGGAUGUUGCAUUGACAACAACGAGAAGAUACUUCUCUAUGAAUACAUGCCAAAUAAGAGCUUGGACCGGUUCCUUUUCGAUGAGAGUAAACGAGGAAGCUUAGACUGGAGAAAACGAUGGGAGAUCAUUGGAGGAAUCGCAAGGGGGUUGCUUUACUUGCAUAGAGACUCAAGGCUAAAGAUCAUUCACCGUGACCUAAAAGCUAGCAAUAUCUUGCUAGACACGGAAAUGAAUCCAAAGAUCUCGGAUUUUGGUAUGGCUAGGAUCUUCAACUACAGACAAGACCAGGCCAACACGAUCCGAGUCGUCGGCACAUAUGGUUAUAUGGCUCCGGAGUAUGCAAUGGAAGGGAUGUUCUCAGAAAAAUCUGAUGUGUAUAGCUUUGGAGUGUUGAUAAUGGAGAUUGUUAGUGGAAGCAAGAACGUUAGCUUUCGAGGGUCUGAACAUGGAAGUCUCAUCGGUUUUGCUUGGCAUUUAUGGAGCCAAGGGAAGACGAAAGAGCUGAUAGAUCCAACGGUAAAGGACAGUCGAGACAUAAACGAAGCAAUGAGAUGCAUCCACGUGGGGAUGUUGUGUACGCAAGACUCGGUGAUAUACAGACCAAACAUGGGUUCGGUUUUGUUGAUGUUAGAGAGUCGAACCAGCCACCUUCCGCGCCCGAGACAGCCUACCUUCCACUCGUUCUUGAACUCCGGGGAGAUUUUAGACGGUCAAGAUGUUGCCUCGGUCAACGAUGUUACUUUGACCACCAUUGUUGGUAGAUGACUAUUUUGACCAUAACUUGUUCUUCUCUUUGACUUUUCAUUUUUGUCUCACAGUCUUUUUCUCAUUUUAAUAAAUUUUCCACCUUGUGUAAAUAAUUAAAUCUUCGUCUAACUAAACAUUUUUUUAUAAUA